CCGAAUGGUGGGGUGAAACGUCGAGAAGUGGGACAGUACCCCGAAUUAACCAGCAGAAGAGAGAGCCUAUUUAACCGGUCACGGAACUUACAAGUACAACCUUCCUCCCAACCUGGAAAUAUUACUUAUCCACAACAUUAACACCCAGACCGAUUAUGUCUCGCUCACUGGAAGGAAAGUUCGGUAUCGUCACUGGCGGCUCGCGGGGCAUCGGCGAAGCUAUCGCCAAAAACCUCGCCAGCAAAGGCUGCUCGCUCCUGCUAAACUUUACCUCCGAGUCCUCGCGCUCCAGAACCGAAAGCCUCUGCGCCGAGCUCUCAACCAAGCACUCCAUCCGCUGCGUGUCAGUGCAAGCCGAUCUCUCUACCCCCGACGAUGCCGUGGUCAAGAUCCUCGCCGCAGCCAACACCCACUUCCCCAACACAACAAUCGACAUCCUGAUCAACAAUGCCGGCGUUUCGGCAGACAGAGACCUAAACGAUACCGAGAAGGGCCCCAUCGACGCGGCCUACUUUAACUGGCACUACACCAUCAAUGUCCUUGCCCCGCUCCUCCUCACCCAGGCUGUCGCGCCGUAUCUACCUACGAAUCGCUCCGGGCGUAUCGUGAACAUCUCCUCAGUCUCCUCGAGUCUCGGCUUCACCGGACAAAGUGUUUAUGGUGGGACAAAGGCUGCGCUCGAGGCCAUGACUCGGACUUGGGCUCGAGAACUCGCGGACCGGGCGACGGUUAACGCGAUCAACCCUGGUCCUGUCUCGGGUGAUAUGUACUUUAAGACGGGCGAGGGGUUCUGGAAUCAGAUCCAGGGAUUCCAGGACGAGACGCCGCUGAGCAAGCUUGUUGAUCCGAAGAAUGACCCGGUGCUUGCUGAGCUGGGAUUGACAGAGGAGCAGCGUGAAAAAGUCACCGCAGAAAUGCCUCCUAGACCAUUGAAACUCUCAACGUCCUCCCUUCGGAGCUCCGGCACUCACGCCACUCUCCGCACAAGGAUCCCUCUCCGUUCCAUUGCUUCCAUACCAGCUGGACCAAUUAAACAACACAAGCUUCAUUCAAACCUUAACUCUAUCCCCAAUCAAAAGAACCUAAGCAUCUCCCGGGCCUUCUCCUCAACACCCCCGUCCUCGUCUCCCGCCGCAACUUCCGGCUCCGGGAAAAGCCAAGCAGACCUUAUCGUUGAAGAACUGCAAGAACUCUACGAAACUGCCACCGACGAACUGGAAAUCGCAACUGAGUCCACCGACUCGGCAACUAUCUACGCUGCCUCGGACCGUGAAUCCGCGCGCGAUGCCCUGAAUAGCCUUGUUGUUGCUUACGAUAUAUACACAGCCUCCGAACCCCCGGCGAACGUUGAUCCAGCCAAGGGCGAAAACUCAGAAGGAGAGGAGGCCUUUGUUGAGCUGUCGAUUGACCCUGCGGAGGUACCGGACGCUGUUAAGGAGGAGGUGAAGAAGAGGGUUGGCCAACGGGUGAGGGAGGUCAAGAGUGCGGUGGAGGGUUUGGAGGGAAGGGCUCAUGAUUAAUUUUGAGUCGUUUGCUCCCCUCCGUCUUUUCUUUAUCCCUCCGGCUUCUGUCCUUGGGGUUGAUUUGUUGGGGAUUCGUUGAUCUGAAGGGGGUAUGUAAUCUAUAUCGGGCCGAAGUACUAGGUAUAUAGGUAUAUGUAUUUUGUGGCACAGCGUACUUUAUGGCCGUGAACUUGGAGAAUUUCGUGUCUCUAAUGAUACGAUAACCCGCGACCCAAUGGGUUCGAGAAAAAGAGUAAAAUAAAUGGUAGAACUAUGAAUGCCAUUAAACCCAGAAACAUGAACUCAG